AUGACCAUCAAGACUGAAACAUCUGAGCCUGAGCUUACUUUCUCCAAGUCUAAAGGGCUUGUUGGAUUAGUCACCGCUUUCAUGAAACAGAGGAGAAUGGGGCUGAACGACUUCAUUCAAAGGCUUGCCACCAACUCCUACGCUUGCAAGCAUCCUGAAGUUACAUCCAUUCUGAAUCUGCCUCAAGAUGCUGAGCUCAUGAAUGCCAACCCUUCCCCUCCUCCCAGUCCAUCCCAGCAGAUCAACCUCGGCCCGUCUUCUAACCCUUCAGCCAAACCCAGCGACUUCCACUUCCUCAAAGUCAUCGGCAAGGGCAGUUUUGGUAAAGUCCUGCUCGCACGCCACCGCACCGAUGACCAGUUCUACGCCGUCAAGGUCUUGCAGAAAAAGGCGAUUCUCAAGAAAAAAGAGGAGAAACACAUCAUGUCAGAGAGGAAUGUGCUGUUAAAGAAUGUCAAGCAUCCAUUUCUGGUUGGACUGCACUACUCUUUCCAAACAGCAGACAAGCUCUACUUCAUCUUAGACUACAUCAAUGGGGGAGAGUUGUUCUACCACCUCCAGAGGGAACGCUGCUUCCUGGAGCCCCGGGCACGGUUCUACGCGGGAGAGAUCGCCAGCGCCUUGGGGUACCUGCACUCCCUCAACAUUGUCUACAGGGACCUGAAACCAGAGAACAUCCUGCUGGACUCGCAAGGACACAUCAUCCUCACCGACUUCGGCCUGUGCAAGGAGAACAUAGAGCCCAACGGGACCACCUCCACCUUCUGCGGUACACCAGAGUAUUUAGCUCCUGAAGUUCUACACAAGCAACCAUACGACCGGACAGUGGACUGGUGGUGCUUAGGAGCCGUGCUUUACGAGAUGCUCUAUGGACUGCCGCCCUUCUAUAGUCGUAACACGGCAGAGAUGUACGACAACAUCCUGAACAAGCCGCUUCAGCUCAAACCCAACAUUUCCAACUCAGCCAGACACUUGCUUGAGGGCCUGCUGCAAAAAGACCGUACCAAGAGGCUGGGCUGCAAGGACGACUUUCUCGAAAUCAAGAAUCACAUGUUUUUUUCUCAAAUAAACUGGGACGACCUCAACGCCAAGAGGAUAACGCCCCCUUUCAACCCGAAUGUGACGGGCCCUAACGACCUUCGGCACUUCGACCCAGAGUUCACCGACGAGCCGGUCCCCAGCUCCAUCGGCUGCUCCCCUGACAGCAGUUUGGUCACGGCCAGCAUCAAGGAGGCCUCAGAGGCAUUCGUGGGCUUUUCCUAUGCUCCUUCCAUGGACUCCUACCUAUAG